AUGCUCUCCAACGAGAAACGGAAGGUCGCAGAGGCUCUCACCGAGAUGACGUUCUCCAAGGACGAGAGCAUCAUCACCCAGGGCGAGAUGGGCGACGCUUUCUUCAUCCUGUACGAGGGGGAAGUGGCGGUGAUCAAGGACGGCAAGCAGGUCAGCACCUUGUCCGCUAAGGUGGAGACCAAGGUGGCGCAGUACUUCGGGGAGCGCGCCCUGCUCAACAACGAGCCGCGGGCGGCGACGAUCAAGGUGAUCUCGCAGACGGCGAAGGCCCUGACCUUGGACAAGAGCAGCUUCGAGAUCCUCUUGGGCUCCAUCCACGGCAUCAUGAGCGAGAAGGCCGGCGGCAACGGGUCCGCUCGGCCGUCACCAGUGCAGAAGAAGCACGAGACCGUGCACAUGGACGACAUCGAGCUGGUCGGCACCCUCGGCGUGGGCGCCUUCGGCAAGGUGGAGCUGCGGGAGCACAAGGUCACGGGCAAGACGUACGCCGUGAAGAUGAUGAGCAAAGGCUACAUCGUCAAGAUGCGCAUGCAGAACAAUGUGAUCAACGAGAAGCACAUUUUGGCCAGCGUGGACUCGCCCUUCAUCAUAAAGCUCUACAACACGAGCCAGACGGCGCAGUGGAUCUACUUUUACCUUGAGCCAGCACUCGGCGGGGAACUUUACGUGGUGUACCACAGAAAGUGCCUCCAUGGGAGUGUGGCUCAUGCGCGGUAUUAUUCGGCCAGUGUCGUUCUGGCGUUUGAGCAUUUGCACGUUCGUCACGUAGUCUACCGCGAUCUCAAGCCAGAGAAUUUGCUGCUAACAGCCGAGGGGUAUCUCAAGCUCACCGACAUGGGGUUGGCGAAGUUCGCUUUGGGAAAAACGUACACCACUUGCGGUACACCGGAGUAUUUCGCUCCAGAGGUGAUUCGUUCGACAGGUCAGACAAGAGCCGUAGAUUGGUGGACGCUUGGUAUCCUCAUUUUCGAGUUCAUGGUGGGUUCCGCUCCUUUCCGCGCAGAGAACGACAUGGCCAUGUAUGGCAAGGUGCUAAAAGGCAUCAACUACAUCCAGUUCCCAUCGAAAUGCGACGGCGCGAGCGAGGAGAUAAUAAAGGCAAUCUUGAAGUCCGAGCCAUCUGAACGAUUGCCGAUGAGGGCAGGUGGAGUGAACAACCUCAAGCAGCAUCGAUGGUACCAAGACUUCGACUGGGACGGACUGGUCAGCAGGGCGCUGACGCCUCCGUAUUUGCCCGCCGUGCGAAGUCAUACAGAUCUGAAGAAUUUUUCGCACGUGAAGGCCCAAAAGGCGAAUCACCUAGAGUGGAAGGACGACGGUAGUGGUUGGGACAAAGACUUCUGA